UGUGCAGCAGGAAGAGGAAGCAGAGGGUGGAUCGUAACAAGGAACUGAUGAGUGAGCCGGUGAUUGUAGGCACAUCAGAGAGACAAAUAAACCCCCAGCCAGGGUGGGUAACUCGGGCACGGCCCUGCUGCGGGUUAAUGUGUAGUCCAUGCGGGUUAUAUGAGCGGUGUGUCAGUUCGAUUGGUGCCUACACAACCUGUUGUCACUGGUAGACGUGACAACAGUCUAUGAAUAAUGGGCCUGCCUAUACAUUUUGUUGUUGACCCUCAGGGAUGGUUCUGCGUGGGAGUCAUUUUCUUCAUCUGGCUGUACAACACUCUGUUUAUUCCAAAGCUCAUUCUCUUCCCCCGCUUUGAGGAAGGAGACCUUUCCCCAGCUGCUAUAUGGGCUUACUAUGCAGCUUCCUUGUUUUGUGUUGUUUCACUUGUGAGAGCCUCAACUGCAGACCCUGGCAAACUGCGAGAAAGUCCAAGGAUACCUCUGACAGAGAAAGAACUAUGGGAAUUGUGCAAUAAAUGCAAUAUGAUGAGACCCAAACGGUCCCACCACUGCAGUCGCUGUGGCCACUGUGUCAGAAGAAUGGAUCACCACUGUCCAUGGAUAAACAAUUGUGUAGGUGAAGAUAACCAUUGGCUGUUUCUACAGCUCUGCUUCUACACACAGGUCCUCAGCGGCUAUACUUUGAUUCUAGAUUUCUGCCACUACUAUUACUUUCUACCUCUGAUAAGCAUCAAUUGGGACUUAUUCAUAUUUCGACACGAGCUGGCCUUUCUUAGGAUAUCAACGUUUAUGGGCAUUCUCAUGUUUGGUGGCAUGUGCAGUCUUUUCUACACACAGGUUAUUGGCAUACUAACCGAUACAACCACAAUAGAAAAAAUGUCGAACUGCUGUGAAGAAACAUCGAGAGCUCGAAAACCAUGGCAGCAGACCUUCUCAGAAGUUUUUGGCACUCGCUGGAAGAUCCUGUGGUUUAUUCCUUUCAGGCAGAGGCGACCACUGCGAGUCUCCUACUACUUUGCCAAUCAUGUCUAAACAGAUGGACGGUGGGCACAGAUGGGUCCGCCCCGCUGGAAACGAGUUACAGGUUUUAUCAUAACAGUGCUAUGACAGUCUUCAAGUCAAUUCUAAUACACCCACCACUCUUAGACAUCACAAAGUGCCCCAGGCUUUGUUUUAAUAGUGAUCUCAGUGCGAUUGUGGGAACAGUACAAGAUUUAUACAUGGAAAGUUGUAUUUUUUUUUUUUUAUAAUUUUUCCCUCUGGACACAUGAACUCCCUGAGGCUGAGAACUAAAAUGAUGAAUUAAGAUUUAUUUUAAUUUUUAUUAUUAUUAUUUUUUAAUUUUUUUGUCAUUUGUAAAUUUAAAUUGUUUCUCUCCUUUCUUUUCUCUUUUUAACGAUGCACUGAUUUGUUUUUGUUUUUGUGAUGUGGAAUCCGUUUAAAUUAGUCCAUUUUAAUCCCUGUCUUAAUGAACCAGAUAGUAUUUAUUUUUUUAUAAAUGCACAAAAAUGCCUUGUCCCUCCUUCCGCCCUCCUUUAACCCCCACCCCCAUAUAAUUAUGUCAAAUGUUUACUGGGCUGGUGCUUGGAUAUCUGUAGGGAUAUAUUGUUGAUCAAAUGCUUUUAACUCGAAUGAACAAUUUAUAUAAAAAAAAACAAAAA